AUGUAUCUCAUUAUAUAUAUUGUCCAGUUGCUAAAGCGGGUCACUCUGUGGCCCCAUGGACUGGAGCCCGCCAGGCCUUCCUGCCCUCUACUGUCUCCCAGGAACCUGCUCAAGUUCAUGUCCUUUAAGUCCAGGGAUGCAAGUGUGAAACCCAUUGUGUAUCUCACACAUGCAGCCCUAGGAGUCCAACAGGUACCAGCUAGACACAAGGAUGCGCUUGUUGCAAGGGCCUUCAUUUAUUCUAUGUCUCUCUGCAUCCCCUUUCUUCUUCCAGGGGCAGAGUCUGGGAUGAAAAAAAAAUGGCUGAAGCAGUGA